GGCAGCCGGGAUCAGGCGCGGCGCAGACAGCCUCAAGGGCCCUCGGCUGGGCGGGGCUUGCUCGCGGGGGCUUGUGGCUCCUUCCUGCGCUUCCUCUCUCUUUCGCUCAGGCCAGUGGCGCCGGCAGGAUGGGCAAGUGUCGCGGUCUUCGUACUGCCAGGAAGCUCCGUAGCCACCGACGAGACCAGAAGUGGCAUGAUAAGCAGUACAAGAAAGCCCAUCUGGGCACAGCCCUGAAGGCUAACCCUUUUGGCGGCGCUUCUCACGCCAAGGGAAUUGUGCUGGAAAAAGUAGGAGUUGAAGCCAAACAGCCAAAUUCUGCUAUCAGGAAGUGUGUCAGGGUUCAACUAAUCAAGAAUGGCAAAAAAAUCACUGCUUUUGUACCCAAUGAUGGUUGCUUGAAUUUUAUUGAGGAAAAUGAUGAAGUUCUGGUUGCUGGAUUUGGUCGCAAAGGUCAUGCUGUUGGUGACAUUCCUGGAGUCCGCUUUAAGGUUGUCAAAGUAGCCAAUGUCUCUCUUUUGGCUUUAUACAAAGGCAAGAAGGAAAGACCAAGAUCAUAAAUUUUGAUGAUGAAAGCACGAUAGUAAUAAAUUUUCGUAUACCAAAAA